GCCGCGGCAAUCGAAGGCCUCCGCUCGAGCGGUCUAAGCUUCUCUUGAAGAAGGCCGGGUCACGGGCUUCUCAAAAAAGAAAGGCUUGUCCUCCUUCAAGGCUCAAUAAACAGUCUCAGACGACCUCGGCCUGAGGAUCUAUUGGUGACCAUCCCAAUUGAUACCUAGGAACGGGUGGGAGAGCAGUUGCAGCCAACCCGACGCAUCAUGUCUGCUGUUAGCCGCGGUUUGCGCCAGGCGACGAGAUCACUGCGCCUCCACCGCUGCUGCCCGCGCUCGGCUCCGCGGGCGUUGAGUGCCUUCAAGAACGCCGCCGCUCCUAUCUUAGUUGCUGCAACACCCGCACGCAGCAGCUUCUCCACCAUGGCGUCUCUACAAUCUGCCAGCACCGCAUCGCCGUCGCCUGCCGCGGGCAAGGGAUACGACCCCGAGAUCUUGGAUAUUGCGAGCUACGUGCACAAGAAGAAGAUUGAUUCGGAGCUUGCUUUUGACACAGCGAGAUGGGUGUUCCUCGACACUCUCGGCUGCGGCCUUGAGGCUCUGCGGUUCAAGGAGUGCACCAAGCUCCUGGGCCCCAUCGUGCCGGGCACCAUCGUCCCCUCCGGCACCAAGGUGCCCGGGACCGAUUUCCAGCUGGACCCUGUCAAUGGCGCUUUCAACAUUGGCGCCAUGAUCCGGUGGCUUGACUACAACGACUGCUGGCUCGCUGCCGAGUGGGGGCACCCCAGCGACAACCUGGGCGCUAUCCUUGCGGUUGCCGACUGGGCCACCCGGACGAACAAGGCCGGCCAGCACAAGGUUGCCGGCGGGAAGAUCUUCACCAUCCGUGAUGUGCUCGAGGCCAUGAUCAAGGCGCACGAGAUCCAGGGCUGCCUUGCCCUGUUGAACUCGUACAACAAAGUCGGCCUCGACCACGUCGUCCUGGUCAAGGUCGCCAGCACGGCUGUUGUCAGCAAGAUGCUGGGCUUGAGCGAGAAGCAGACUGCCGAUGCCGUUACGCAGGCGUGGGUUGAUGGCCAGAGUUUGCGCACAUACCGCCACUCGCCAAACACCAUGUCGCGGAAGUCGUGGGCGGCCGGUGAUGCCUGCCAGCGCGCCGUUAACCUGGUCCUCAAGGUCCUCAAGGGCGAGACCGGCGUCCCUACCGUCCUCUCGGCUCCUACAUGGGGCUUCUACGAUGUCCUGUUCAAGGGCAAGAAGUUCGAGUUCCAGCGGCCGUAUGGCAGCUAUGUCAUGGAGAACGUGCUGUUCAAGGUGUCGUAUCCGGCCGAGUUCCAUUCUCAGACCGCUGUUGAGGCGUCGGAGAAGAUCCACGCCCAGUUGAAGGCGAUGGGCAAGUCUGCUGCUGACAUCAAGGCCGUCACCUGCCGGACACACGAGGCCUGCAUCCGCAUCAUUGACAAGCAGUUCAAGCCGAUGGACAACUUUGCCGACCGGGACCACUGCAUCCAGUACAUGUGCUCCGUCAUGCUCGUCUUUGGGCGCCUCACGGCUGGCGACUACGUCGACGGCUCCGAGGCCGCCUCCUCCGAGCUUGUCGAGUCGCUCCGCAAGAAGAUCAAAUGCGUCGAGGACCCGCAGUUCACAGCCGACUACCACGACCCGGCGCUCCGCACCAUCAGCAACGGCCUGACAGUUGAGCUGAACGACGGUACUAUGCUGCCCGAGGUGGUCGUCGAGGCCCCGCUCGGCCACCGCCUGCGCCGCGAGGAGGCCAAGCCACAUAUCCUCGCGAAGUACAAGCGCCACCUGGAACCGCACUUCAGCGCGGAGAAGGUGCAGGAGCUCGUCAACCUCGGCCAGGACCCCAAGAAGCUCGAGUCGAUGGCCGUGGAUGAAUACGUCGAUUUGUAUGUGUGCAAGGAUAGCAAGUUCUUCAAGGAGCAAUAAUGUGUAGAUGAAUCCAAAUGCAAGGCAUCACUAGCAGCAUGCAGACACCUGGGUAGUGUAUCCGCGCAACCCAAUCGCUGUAUCAGUAUCG